AUGGAGGGGGACCCCCUGGCGCCUCUUAUGGUCCUGACGAAGUAUUCAACACUUAAUGAGUAUAGUAGUUAUUUUUCCUUGUAUUUCUCUUCGGUUCGAAUUGUGCCUAACAUUUACAUUUCCUUUGUAGGUGCUCUUCCUUGGUGCGAGCUGUCAUCUGAGGACUUUGAAACCAUCUGCAUCAUUUAUCAGCUGCCUCAAAAGAAGAGGUCUCACCAUAGGCUGAUCCGAAAGAACAUCCACUUCAUUACUCACGAUCUGAUGGCAUCCCAAGACAACUUUAAUAAGAAGAUGCCGGUGCGCCCUGACUUUAAGACCAUCCAGAAGAUGAUAGCAGAGGCACAGACAUUGAAGGCCUCCUCCUCCACGUACAAAAAGCGAAUGGAGGAUUUGGUGGAAGCUAGUAAGAGGCUUCAGCCUCUGACGGAGGAGAAGGUACCAGAGAACCCGGAGGCUGACCUUCGGAGGAAGGGCAAGAAGAGUACCGCCCCUCCAAAACGCCUAACUGUGGCGAGGCCACCCCCUGCUCUGAGGCAGACCACAAUUCCCACCGGGGUGGCCAUUCGGGAGAAGAGGCCCACCCCAACUGAGCCUGCCACUGCCCCAACCACAAUACCCCUCGCUGCAGUGCCAAUUGAUCAAGUGCCGGGGCAGCAGAAGAGGAAGAAGCCCCAUCCCUCUAAGGAGGUCGACUUUCUGGGCACCAAUCAUGACGAGCUCGUAAGGGAAGUGUUGGAUGCUCUUCCUCCAGAAACAGCUAUGGUGGUGGUGGUCCACAGCAAAUACUAGACAGAAGAGUGGAGGGAUCACA